AUGCCCCUCGACUACCCGGCGGACCUAUGUGGGUCAUUGCGACUACCUGGGGGGAUUUCUAUUCCGCCUGAAGACCGAUGUCAAGUGAGGGCUAACCGCGAUGCAACCGCGGGCCGAGUGCAUAGCUGCAACACCCCAACGAUCGUGAACGGACACACAACGCCGAAGAAUCGUAACACGCACGCUUGGGCGCGGCGACGUGAGCUCAUGGCAACCCUCUACAUUCAUCCUGGCCCGUAUGGCCCACUCCUAGGCGACCCCGACAAGAUUGCUCCGCAAUUCGUCGUUCUCGUUCUCGACGGUGAGCCCGGCGACCUAAUGAUGAUCUUACCGACUUGCGGCAUGGACCAGCUGAACUCGAUGCUCUUUGAGCAUUGGGUUCCAGCUAUCCAAGGCCCGAUGUUCGAUAAAUGUGACGGCACCGACGAGCAGCGCGAACUCCUGCUGCACAUCGCCCUCGCCUACCACGCAUUCAACGAAGGAUUCCCCGGCGUGGACCCCCUCGACUACCUCCACUUUGCCGGGCGUCUCGUCGAGGUCGCGCUCUCCACGGAGCCCGAUGAGGAUGUGGAGGUCCGCAUCGUCGAGCUUGUCGAGUGGCUGCAUGAGUGCCUUCCCCAGGCCCUCUUUGAAGGCGCCCACAUCCCGCACGUCACAAACGGUCCGUUGGGGAACGAAGGCUUCGCUUACUCGCUGGCAGGCGGUAUCAGGCCGCUGGAUCCCUGGACGUCACCGUGUGACAUUGAGGCUUCCACGGGCGAGGGUUCUGGCUUAGGGGAUGGUGAGAUCGACGCCGAUGAUGUGGUCAGCAACGGCUCCAUGCCCGAUCUCGUAGAUGUAUCCGAUGACGACUAG